AUGCCACCAAACCUCUCCUACGGCCUCAACCUCCCCAACAAAAACAACAAAAAACCAGCCCCCCUCGGCCAAAAACGCAAGAAAACCAUCUUCGACGACGACUCUGACGACGACCAAAAGCCCGAUGGAGGUGAAGUCGAGAUAUCCACCAUCGGAGGGAUAAACGAUGAGCCAGCGCCUUCAAAAUCACAACUAACAAAGGAGGAACCCUCCGAACCACCCUCAAAACGAAAACCUUUCUUCACAACCACAGCCGCGACAAGCGGCAAAAAGACAGGCCCCAAACCACUCAGCAGAAACUCCAUAUUCGCCGACGGCGAUGACGAGGACGACACAGAAGAACGACAAGAAGCGAAUACAACCGGUGGCGGCCUUUCAGUGCCAAAAUCCCAACAACAGAAGACCGUUGAUCCCAGCAAAAACUACACGAACCUAUCCGCACUGCACAGCAGCAAGAAACACGCGCAGGAAGCGCAGGAACUCGAUCCCUCGAUUUACUCCUACGAUUCUGUUUACGAUAGUCUACAUGUAAAGCCGGAACAGGAUAAGAAGGCGGCGGAGAAGAGCAGCGAAGUACCCAAGUACAUGACCUCGCUCCUGCGCAGCGCGGAGAUCCGGAAACGCGACCAGCUCCGCGCGCGAGAUAGGAUGCUUGCGCGCGAACGCGAAGCCGAGGGAGACGAGUUCGCAGAUAAAGAGAAAUUCGUUACGGCGGCGUACAAGGCGCAACAGGAGGAAAUGCGGCGCGUGGAAGCUGAAGAAGCAGAGCGAGAAAAACAGGAAGAAGAGAGACGCAAGAAGAGCGGAAACGUGGGCAUGGUUGGAUUUUACCGGGACAUACUCUCGCGGGACGAGCAGCGCCAUGAGCAAGUCCUCAAAGCAACGGAGGAAGCUGCCCAACGCAUCAAAACCGGCGAACCCGAAACAGAAGAAGCAGCCGAAGCUAAAGCAGACGAAGAUGAAGAAAAAGCCUCCACCCGCCGCGCCGCAGAACUUAACGCCAAAGGCGCCCACAUCGCCGUCAACGACGAAGGCCAAGUCGUCGACAAACGCCAACUCCUCUCCGCCGGUCUCAACGUCGCUCCCAAACCCAAGGCCGCACCUUCUGCCGCUGCUGCGCCUGCGUCUCGUGGAACCGGUGUUCCUGGCAAGCGCUUCGAUGGCGUGCGCUCUGCGCGUAAUGACCAGCGUGCUCGGACGACGGAGAUGAUUGCUGCGCAGUUGGAGGAGCGUGCGAAGCAGGAGGCUGAGGCGGAGGAAGCGAGGCAGAAGGAGGUUGCGGAGCGGAAUAAGAGUCGGAAGUCGGAGAAGGAUGUUUCCAGUGCUAAGGAGCGGUAUUUGGCAAGAAAGAGGGAGAGAGAAGCGCAGGGUGGGAAGUGA